AUGUAUGUACAAAUGUAUAUGUUUACAUGUAUCUUUGAGCACAUAUGUAUCUGAUCAGCUGUUACAUUUUGGUCGAGGUUACUUUGUUAAGUCCCUGUUCGCAUAGAUUUAUUCAGUCAUGCGAAUACUCAAUCAACCAAAUACAAGUCAGGUUAAAACGUAACCAAAUACACCCGUGUUUUUCUAGUGUCGGGAUUGUUUAAUAUCGUAGUAUUGUUUCCCAUUAAAAUUUCUGAACUGCUGUACGGUUGUUCUUGUGAGAACUAAUUUCAAAUGUUACGAUAAAAAUCAAAUUUGCACAGAUGACGAGCGCGGCCAGAAAGUGUCAUUUGCGCAACUCGUAAGGUCUCCAAGGCGGCUGAAAAGGACCGUGUAAACAUAGGGCAUUCAAGAAGAUUCGUGUGAACGGUUUGAAGGGCCGCGUACGGUUCAAAUGAUUUUCGAAGAAGUUGAUAAGGAAGUUCUCGAUGAUACUAUCAACGAAACGAACUAAGUACAAAGUACUGGCAGAGGUGGUCUCUUGCUGACAAUGAGAGCCUCCUAAAUUCACACCGAUAAAUAAUAUAUUAAAACAUUUAGUCACAGAAGGUUUUGCUGAGAAUGGAUUAUACAGCUGUCGUUGAUCAGGCUGUGAAACAGUUCUAUGCCGAUGGAAACAAUGAAGUACAUUUGUGGCUCCUACAGGUACAAACUUCCCCAGAAGCUUGGACCUUCGUCUGGGAGCUCCUUGCACCUUCUAAGUCAUGGGAAGUACAAUUCUUUGCAGCCACCACACUGCAUGCCAAGAUUUCUAAACAUUGGGACGAAGUGCCUAAGAAUGAGUACCCUGCCCUACGAGAUCGUUUGCUCAAUUGUAUAAAACAACCUAAUAUACCAAAGUUCAUUCUAUCAAAACUCUGUCAAGCGUUAGCUGCAUUCCUAGCAAACAUUAGUGCUAUGGAAAGCGACGAGGAGAAUAAGAAUGUUGUGGUCGAGCUCAUGGACAUGUUGCCCUCUGAUUCACUACCUAUGUUGGAAUUGUUAUUGCGUACACUUUCUCUGUUACCCGUAGAGUUUGAAAGGAGGUAUGAAGCGAAGCGAAUCAAAUUACGCGAAAAUUUAGUCAAUGGUUGGUACAAAACGACAUGGUUCCUGCAGCAAGUAUUUGCUAUGUGCAAUCCGAAUUCGCCUGGCAGCGAUAUCGCGUUACACCUGCUAGCAAUGGAAUGUGCAUUAUUCUGGCUGAAAGUUAGUGAACUGCCCUUGGAAGCAACGGAGCAAAUAUAUCAUCAUUUGUUAAUCGCUGCCGCUUAUUAUGCGCCAAGCAGGGACAACGCAGAGGAUGAAAACAGCAAAGGUUGGGAGGUAGUUCACGAAUGCUUAAAUAUGAUUGUAAAUCAUUGCGAGCUCAGAAGCAGACCGCAGACGUUGUGGGGCUGGGCGCACAGCUUAGUAACUAUGGCAAGACAAUACAACGGAAAGUAUUUCUGCGAGAUUCUAACUGCUAUGGGAGAGGCGCAUAGCAGAUAUUUUUUACGUGCUCUAGUGGAAAAAGGAAACGAGAUGCAGAAAUCGACUUCAGAGGGGUUGAUCGAGUUGCUGCUACAAUGUUCUGAGCAAGAGGGACGUUAUCCCACCGACGAGACCCGCAGUUGCAUCCCAUUUGGAUUUUGGUUCUCGUUGCAAGACGAUAUAGAAACCCUUGAUCAGCCGUACGAGAACCGUGCUUUGGUGGUUCUGAAACCCGUCUACGCGAGACUGGCGCAAGCAUUGCUGCGGAAAUCCACGCUCCCUUCGUCCCCUAGUGAAGCCGGGGAUGAAAAUGAACGAGAGCUUUUCAGGUGCUACAGGCAAGAUGUUGCGGAUACCUUGGACUACUGUUACAGGGUACUAGGACAAGAUCUACUGAUACUUCUGGGACAAAGAUUAAGUCAAACAUUGGACGGGACGGAACGAUGGACGGAGGUCGAAACAACAUUGCACGCUUUCGAAGCGCUAGCGGACAGUGUCGGAAUACAAGAAUCGCAUUACAUUCCUGCUCUGAUGGAUUUAGUUCUAACUCAUAUUCCAUACGAUCUCUAUCCCGGAGAGGUACUGGCCUGUGUUUGUUCGACAGUGGGUAGGUAUGCCGAGUGGAUCGAAAUGCAUCCGGAUCCUUGGCUCGAGAGAGUGUUGCAAGUCAUAACGUUGGGCUUAACCAGGGGCUCGAUAACCGCCCCACUCGCCAGCAUGGCUCUGAAGGACCUGGUGAGAGAGUGCGGGCAACACCUCACUCCUUUCGCACCGUCUAUCCUGAACAUCAUCGAGCAAACGCUGCCAACCGUGACACCCGGAUGCGCGGAGGGUUUGCGACUGAUGUCUGCUGCGGGCAAACUGUUAAACACUUUGUCGACGGUCGAGGAAAAGUUAGCCCACCUGGAUGCCACGUUAGGUCUAUGCAUAAUAAAGAUCAGAGAGUUAUUGGAGCAACCGUUGUUUGUAGCCCGCGUCGCGGUGACUAAUCAGCUCAAGAUGGCCACGAUGUUCUUCUCCGCGCUGGAAGGCUCCAUCGGGAAGUCCGUCUUGGACGGGCUUCUGCCGAUUUUCAAUCAGAUAAUCGGCCAUCCGGAGUGGAGCCAAGAUAAUGCCACGCUGGAGGAAAUGUACGUUUGCGCGCAGAAGUCUCUGUUAUCGUUGUUGCAUCCUGAAGUAGACACGCAACCGCUUCUCCCGAUCCUGGCAACGUCCUACAAGAAUUGGCCUCAUCCUGCUGCGUUGAAUCUACUCCGGCAUCUGGUACUGUUGCUCGGACGAGAUCCUGAGAACGCCAUAGGUCGAGUUUUUGCAGAACUAAGCUCUGUAACCUUGAGUGGAGUAAGAACAUGUCGAUCUGUGCCCGGUAAUCUGUCUGAUUGGGCGGAAUUGAUGGAAUCGUACCUCCGAUUACUGGCACAAAUCUGUAAAAAGAAUCCGAAGAUGUUGCUGCAAGUCCCGGAUCAAAUACCUGAAAUGUUACAGUGCGGAAUGGACUGUCUAACGUUACCAGAAAGUGAGACAGUCAAGGCAGCUGGAUGCUUCUUGAGCCAGGCCAUUAUGCAAAGUCCGCAAUUGGACAGUUUUAUCGAACCAGUUGGACAAGAACUUGUUUUUGUGAUCAUGGAGUGCGUGGGUGGAAGAGUACCACGGAAUAGUCUGGAACCACACGCUGAAGUCUUGGUAUCGUUGAACAAGAAGUAUAUAAAGUGGACGGGUCAUUGGCUUCGGAACGCCAUUGAAAAACUCUCAGGACAGUUUUUGGUCCCUGAAGUACAAAAGAAGAUGUUCAUAUGUCAGGUUGUCAAAGAGAAAAAGAAACAACAGAUGGGUGAUAUAUUGAAGGAGUUCAGUCUGCAGAAUUUGGUAAUGAAAAAUAAUACGAGUUGCAUCGAUCAGAACGCUCAUCGAUCAUGAAGUUAUACUGCAUAAUAAAAUGCUGCAAAAAUGUAUAAAAUAUGUUUCGCCGCGAAUAGAUUUAAUCAGGGUAACAUUUAUCUUUUUAUGUAACGAAUGAUUUUGAAUAAUGACUGAUGAUGGUGUGAGAAUAAUGAAAUAGAAACAAGAUGAAGUACGUUAAGUAAUGCAUCGUUCUUUAUUCAUCUUCAUUGAUUAGUGCGUCUAAAAAAAUUUACAAACAA